AGUGUUGCAAGGUUGCCUGUCUCCGUGGGCAUAGCGCACAAUCAAGUCUCUAGAGUUUUUCUGAAGACAUUUGCUUUACUGAAAGCAAUACAGUACAAUAAAGAAAAUUGGGUUUUUGAUUUGCAACGUGAUAUUCUUUCACAGUGAGCUAUGGCUGAAAGUGGACAUCCGGAAGACCCCAGGGAAGACUCUGCUAUCGAUGAGUUCAAUGACAUCAUCAAAAACAGAUCUGAUGAAAGAGAAGAUGUUCAAAGGAAAACAUUCACAAAAUGGAUAAAUGCUCAGUUUGCUAAGUUUGGGAAACAGCCAAUUGAAGAUCUGUUUAUUGACCUUCAAGAUGGGAGAAGACUUCUGGAUCUUCUUGAAGGUCUUACAGGCCAAAAACUGGUAAAAGAAAAAGGCUCCACGAGGGUUCAUGCUAUAAACAAUGUAAACAAAGCUCUGCAAGUUUUGCAAAAAAACAAUGUGGAUUUGGUGAAUAUCGGCAGUGCUGACAUUGUGGAUGGGAAUCACAAGCUGACCCUUGGAUUGAUUUGGAGCAUAAUUCUCCAUUGGCAGGUGAAGGAUGUAAUGAAAGGCAUCAUGGCUGACUUGCAGCAGACGAAUAGUGAAAAGAUCUUACUGAGCUGGGUUCGACAAUCAACUCGCAAUUAUCCACAGGUCAACGUUAUCAAUUUCACCAGCAGUUGGUCUGAUGGAUUGGCUUUUAAUGCACUCAUCCACAGUUACAGACCAGACCUGUUUGAGUGGAACAAUGUACUCUGCCAACAAUCUGCUAUACAGCGGCUGGAUCAUGCAUUUAACACUGCCCAACGACACUUGGGAAUUGCAAAUCUCCUUGAUUCUGAUGAUAUUGCAGUAGCACAUCCAGAUAAGAAGUCCAUUUUAAUGUACGUCACGUCACUUUUCCAAGUUCUGCCGCAAAAAGUAUCCAUGGAAUCCAUUCACGAAUUGGAAACAAUACCGCGUCAAAUGAUCACAUCAGAAGAAAGAGCCAAGUCCAUUGAUCAGCGUCAUUAUUCUCAGCAUAUCACUGUCAAUGUAGCACAGGGACGUGUGCACACCCCUUCACCUCCUUCUAAACCUCGCUUCAAAAGUUAUGCCUACACACAAGCUGCUUAUGUCAUGUACCCUGACCAAAAAAGGAGGCAGUUUCCUCCACAGCGGAUGGAAGGUCUAGACGACAGAUCGUUUGGGAGUUUAGUGAUGGAGCCUGAAGUGGAUUUAGAAUGUUAUCAAUCUUCACUGGAAGAAGUACUUACGUGGCUUCUUUCUGCCGAGGAUGCACUUCAAAGCCAAGGAAUGAUCUCUAACAAUGUCGAAGAAGUAAAAGGACAGUUUCAUACUCAUGAGGGCUUUAUGAUGGAAUUAACAUCUCAUCAGGGAAAUGUUGGCAAUGUUUUGCAAGCUGGAAGUCAACUAUUAGCUGUUGGGAAACUUUCCGACGAUGAAGAAAAUGAAAUCCAAGAACAAAUGAAUCUUCUUAAUUCCCGGUGGGAAAGUCUCAGAUUGGCAAGCAUGGAAAGACAAAGCAACCUCCAUAAAACAUUGAUGGAUCUUCAAAAUCAACAAUUAAAACAACUAAGUGACUGGCUCUCUCAGACAGAGGAUCGAACAAAGAAAAUGGAUGCUGAACUGGGUCCUGAUUUGGAAGAUAUAAAACAUCAACUAGAAGACCACAGGGUAUUGCAGGAUGAUCUAGAACAGGAGCAAGUCCGAGUAAACUCCCUCACUCAUAUGGUGGUUGUUGUGGAGGAAUCUAGUGGAGACAAAGCCACAGCUGCAUUAGAAGACCAAUUGCAGCAUCUGGGAGAUCGCUGGGCUACAAUAUGCAGAUGGACAGAAGACAGAUGGUGUAUCCUACAAGAUGUUCUAAUAAAGUGGCAACAUUUUGCUGAAGAACAGUGCCUGUUUGAUGCUUGGCUCACAGAAAAAGAAGAGACUGUAAGCAAAAUCCAUACCAAGGAUUUCAAGGAUCAAAAUGAAAGGCUUUCCAAUCUCAGAAAUUUAGCGAUGCUGAAAGGAGAAUUAGAGCUAAAAAAGAAGACUAUGGAUACACUCUACUCAUUAAAUCGGGAUCUCGCUUCUGCUCUGAAGAACAAGACUGUAUCUCAGAAAAAUGAGGCUAGGCUGGAAAGCUUUGCUCAGCGAUGGGAUAAUCUAGUACAGAAAAUUGAAGCAAGCUCCGCACAGAUUUCACAGGCUGUCACUGCCAGUCAGACAUCACUAUCACAGACAACUGUAAUGGAAACUGUAACUAUGGUGACUACACGGGAGCAAAUUCUUGUUAAGCAUGGUAAGGAUGAACUGCCACCACCUCCACCCCAAAAGAAGAGACAGAUCCUUGUCGAAUCGGAACUUAGAAAGAGAUUUGAUGCAGACUUAACAGAACUUCACAGCUGGAUGACACGCUCUGAACCUGUUCUGCAAAGCUCUGAAUUUGCAAUCUAUAGAAAAGAAGGAGACCUCACAGACCUCACAAAGAAAGUCAAAGCCAUAGAGAAAGAAAAAACAGAAAAGAGCAAAAAACUGCAAGACGCCAAUAGAAAUGCACAGAACUUGAUGGAGCAGUUGGUGAAUGAUGGCCUUAAUACUGACAGCAUCCAACAAGCCACUCAACAUCUGAACAGCCGGUGGACGGAUUUUGGUCAGCUGCUGAGUGAAAGACUUGCCUGGCUGGAAUAUCAAAAUAGCAUCAUUGCCUUCUACUUCCAGUUGCAACAACUGGAACAGAGUGUCUCAGCUGCUGAAAACUGGCUAAAAGCACAAAGUAUGCCUGCUGCCGAGGCGGGUACAGUCAAAAUACAAUUAGAAAAGUGUAAGGAUGAAGCUGCACGUCUGUCAGCUCUUAAACCAGAAAUUGGAUCCUUGCAAAUUCAGGGAGCGCAACUGAAAGAAAAGGAACAGAGGCCAAUGUUUUUGGACGCAGAUGUAGCAGCUUUUCUUAACCACUAUAAUCAAGUUCUCUCCAACUUGCAAUCUAGAGAAAAACAGCUUCAGAACAUUCUAGACAGUUUACCUCCUACACAGUACAAGGAGAAAAUGAGCACUAUCCUUCUGUGGAUCCAGCAGUCUGAAACCAAACUUGCUAUACCUCAGGUUACUGUUACCGAAUGUGAAAUCAUGGAACAAAGACUCAGGGAGCUAAAGGCCUUACAAAGUUCCCUGCAGGACCAUCAGGCUGACAUUAAUUAUCUCAGUAAAACUGCAGAGGAGUUAUCCAGUAAAGCACCUGUCAAUGUUAAGCAAAAAUACUGUUCUGAAAUCGAAUUUGCCCAGACACGCUGGAAGACAUUAUCAAACCAGCUUGUUGAACAAUGCCAAAAACUAGAAGAGUUACUUAGCAAAGUUAAACAGUUCCAGACUGAUAUUAAAACAUUAAAUAAAUGGAUGGCGGAAGUGAACGUUUUCCUUAAUGAAGAAUGGCCAGCACUUGGAGAUUCCGAAGCUCUUGAAAAGCAAUUAGAACAGUGUAGUGCAUUGGUGAAUGACAUUCAGACGAUACAGCCCAGUGUGACCAGUGUUAAUGAUGUUGGAGCUAACUUGAUAAAAAAAGCUGAACCACACUAUUCAACCAAGCUAGAAAAUAAUCUAAAAAAUCUUAAUGAACAAUGGGAUAAAAUAUGCAAACAGGCCUAUGCGAAAAAGGCGGCUCUGAAAGGUGGUUUGGAUAAAACUAUAAAUCUACGGAAGGAUAUGUCAGAGAUGCAAGCAUGGAUAACGCAGGCUGAUGAUGAGUAUUCAGAACGGGAUUUUGAAUACAAAACACCAGAAGAGUUACAAAAAGCACUAGAAGAACUAAAGGGGGCAAGAGAAGAAGCUGCACAAAAGAAAGACAAAAUAAAGCUUUUGACCGAGUCAGUGAACAAUUUUAUAGCAACAGCUCCACCUGCUGCUCAUGACCCCUUAAAGAAAGAACUGAAUGUGCUAGUCACAAAUUAUGAACGACUGUGCAGCAGACUGAAUGGGAAAUGUGCAACACUGGAGGAGGUUUGGGCAUGUUGGUGUGAACUGUUGUCUUAUUUGGAAUCGGAAAACAAGUGGCUCGAUGACACUGAGGUAAAGCUGAAAGCAACAGAAAAGGUUAAGGGAGGAGCAGAGGAGAUUGCAGAAACUAUGAAGUCCAUAGAAAAUAUAAUGAAACAUCCAGAAGACAAUCGAACCCAGAUAAAGGAACUGGCUCAGACAUUGACUGAUGGAGGUGUGAUGGAUGAAUUAAUCAAUGAAAAGCUGGACAAGUUUAAUACACGAUGGGAAGACGUACACCAAGAGGCUGUGAGAAGACAAAAGGUUCUGGAACAAAGUAUCCAGUCUGCCCAGGAGACAGAGAAAGCUAUAGGUCUAAUUCAGGAAUCUCUGGGUACCACUGACAGAAAAUUGAUGGCCUAUAUUGCAGACAGAAUUGAUGCUGCUCAGGUUCCUCAAGAGGCUCAGAAAAUUCAGUCUGAUUUGAUGAGCCAUGAAAUUAGUUUGGAAGAGAUGAAAAAACGUAAUCAGGCUAAAGAAAUGCCCCCCAAACUUCUUACACAGAUCGAAAUAGCCCAGAAAAAACUGCAAGAAGUGUCCACAAAAUUCAGACUGUUUCAGAAACCAGCAAAUUUUGAGCAGCGGCUUAAAGAAUCUAAAAGAAUCCUAGAUGAAGUGACUUUGGAGUUACCUGUAUUAGAUAUGAAAAAUAUUGAGCAGGAGACACUUCAAACACAAUUGGAUCAUUGUAUGAAACUGUACAAAAUUUUGAGUGAAGUGAAAUCUGAAGUGGAGACAGUCAUAAAAACGGGCCGUCAAAUUGUGCAGAAACAGCAAACGGAAAAUCCAAAAGAUUUGGAUGAAAGACUAACAGCACUGAAAAUUCAAUACAAUGACUUAGGAGCAAAGGUUACAGAGGGAAAGCAGGUACUGGAGAAAAGCCUAAAGUUAUCUCGAAAGAUGAGAAAAGAAAUGAACAGCUUGACAGAAUGGUUAGCCGCAAUAGACACAGAAGUAACCAAGAGAUCAGCUGAGGAGGGUAUGCCAACUAGACUGGAUGAAGAGAUUGCAUGGAGCAAGAUCACCCAAAAAGAGAUGGAAAAAAGACAGCAGCAAUUAAAGAACGUCAGAGAUUUAGGAGAUUCCCUCAGGGCAGUCCUGGGCGAACAUGCAAGCCAUGUGGAUGACAAGCUAAGUCUUCUUAACAGCAAUUGGCUAGCAGUGACCUCAAGAGCAGAAGAGUGGUUUCGCUUGCUGUUGGAAUAUCAAAAACAAAUGGAAGCUUUCAACCAAGGGGUAGCAAACACCACAGCCUGGAUGUACCGAGCUGAAACAUUAUUGGAUGAAGCUGAAAAACAAACACCACAACAGCGAGAAGACACAAUGAAGAUUUUAAAGUCAGAGCUGAAUGAUAUCCAGCCAAAGGUGGAUGCAGUGCGUGACCAAGCUGUAGAGCUGAUGACAAACCGUGGUGAUCCCUGCAGGAAAAUGGUGGAGACCAAGCUGUCAGAUCUUGACCAGCGAUUUACUGUACUAUGUAAAAGAAUUAAAAGCGGCAAGGCUAUGGUCUCUUCAAAGGAAUUGGAGCAAUUUAAUUCUGAUAUACAGAAAUUGCUUGAACCACUCGAGGCUGAAAUUCAACUGGGAGUGAAUCUUACAGAAGAAGACUUCAAUAAAGAUAUGAGCGACGAUAAUGAGGGACUUGUGAAAGAACUGCUGCAAAGAGGAAAUAAUCUUCAACAAAAAAUUGUUGAUGAUAAAAAGAGAGAAGAAAUCAAACAACAACAACAUCUUCUACAGUCUAAACAUAAUACACUUAAGGAUUUAAGGUCUCAGAGAAGGAAAAAGGCAUCAGAGAUCUCACAUCAGUGGUAUCAAUACAAAAGACAAUCUGAAGAUCUGUUGAAAUGUUUGGAUGAUAUUGAAAAAAAAAUAGCCAGCCUACCGGAUCCUAAAAAUGAACAGAAGCUUAAGGAGAUUGAUGGAGAAUUGGAGAAGAAGCAAGAAGAAAUGAAAGCACUGAACAGGCAAGCAGAAAGUUUGUCUAAGAACGGGGCUGCCAGAGCAGUGGAGCCAACUCUGAUUCAACUUAACAAGCGCUGGCGAGAAAUUGAGAGCAAAUUUGCUCCGUUCAGAAGACUGCACUAUGCACAAAUUCAAACGGUCCAUGAAGAAAGUACUCGUUCCAUGACAGAAGGAAUGAAAGUGGAUGCCGCUAAUGUGCCUUCUACCUAUCUGGCUGAGAUUGCACGCCUCUUGCAGUCUAUUGCUGAAGUAGAACUCCUACUCAACUCACCAUGUCUGAAUAAAGGGGACUGUGAAGAUCUUGGCAAGCAAAAAGAGUGCCUCAAGAACAUCAAGGACAAUCUUGGUCGUCUAUCAGGUCAAAUCGAGGUCAUUCAAAAUAAGAAGAAAGCAGUUCUUGAGUGUGCUACAUCAUCAGAAAAUGAGAAGAUCCAGGAAAAACUGUCUGAACUUACUUUUCAGUGGGAAAAUGUUAACAAGUUGUACCUAGCUCAUCAAAUGAAAUUUGAUAGAUCUUUGGAAAAGUGGUUAAAAUUACAAGAUGACAUUAAUGAUCUAAACUACUGGUUAUGUGAAGCUGAGCAAAUACUGUCUGAGAGAGAUGGAAAGGAUUUGGAUAAAUUUAAACAUCAACAACAGGUUAAGGAACUUGAAGAUGGCAUAGGAGAAAGGCAAGCUAUAGUCAGAGCCCUGAAUGUAUCUGGAGGAGAGGUUGCUGAGCAGGCCUCAAUUGCCGAUGCUGGUCACAUUAAGGAUAAUUUGGAUAACUUAAAUGCCCGCUGGCAUGCAGUUUACAAAAAACUAAAUGAAAGCAGAAGAAGGCUAGAGGAAGAAAAGAAGAAUUUAUAUGGAUUACAAGAAGACUUAAAUAAAUUCAGUGUGUGGUUGGAGGAUGCCGAGGAACUUGUUAGAUCUCCAACAGAACCUGGAAAUGAGCUGCAAUUAAAUGAGCUACUGGAAAAAGUCAAGUUUAGAGUGGAUGAACUUCAACCACGCAAGGAGUACUUGAAGCAAUUAAAUGAAGCAGGUGGAACAGCAAUAGGAAGUUCAACAAUAGCCCCAGAAGAGAAACGAAAAAUUGAAAGUGGCCUCAAAGAGGCUAACCAGCGUUGGAUAAAGGUAUCAAAGGAUCUACAUGAUAAACAGCAAGACAUUGAAGAUCAUUUGAAGAAUUUAUCUUUGUUUGACCUUCAGUUAAAUCAGCUGACAUUGUGGGUAUCUUCUGUAAAAGACCAGCUGCUCUUCUACAAUCAAGUGGGUCGACCUGGAGCAUUUGAUAUCAAGGAAACAGAGGAGGCAAUUGAAGCUAAAAAGCCACAUGUGGAAGGGAUCUUGUGUAAAGGGCAAGAGUUAUACACAGAGAAAUCAGCUUCAUAUGCACUCAAGCGCAAAUUAGAACACCUGAACAGUGAGUGGAAGACAGUGGAUUUAUUACUUCAGGAAUUUAAAAGGAAACCAAGUUUACCAACUCCUGCGGAACAUUUUGCUUUCCUGGAAACUCAAAAACUAGUAACAGCAGGAACAACUGUUUCAGAAAUGCCAUCUUCACUCCUGUUGGAGGUGCCAGCACUGGCUGAAUUCAACAAGACUUGCGGAGAGCUCACAGAUUGGCUUACUUUACUCGACCGUGUGAUAAAAGCUCAGAUAGUGACGGUGGGCGAUGUGGAAGAAAUUAAUGACAUGAUAAUCAAACAAAAGAUAACCCUACAGGAUUUAGAAAAAAGGCGCCCUCAUCUGGAGGAACUUAUCACUGCAGCACAAAACCUGAAAAACAAAACAAGCAAUCCAGAAGCCCGGGUUGUAAUCACAGAUCGCAUUGACAAAAUACAAAACCAGUGGGAGGAAGUACAGUGUCAUCUUCAGAACCGAAGACAGCAACUCCAAGAAAUGCUGAAAGACUCCAAUCAGUGGUUAGACGCUCAACGUGAAGCUGAGCAAGUUUUAGAGAAAGCAAAGGGAAGGAUGGACUCUUGGAAGGAAAUUUCUUACACCGUAGAUGCACUGAAGAAGCAGAACACUGACCUUAAGCAAUUUUGCAAAGAAAUUCGUCAGUGGCAGAUAAAUGUUGAUGGUGCAAAUGACUUGGCAUUUAAGCUUAUACGUGACUACUCUACGGAUGAUACCAGGAAAGUGGAACUCAUGAAAGAUAACAUUAAUUCUACAUGGACAAGAAUCAAUAAGAGGGUUAGCGAGCGUGAUGGAGCAUUAGAGGCUGCCCUCCGAUUGCUGCAGCAAUUCUACUUAGACCUGGAACAGUUUUUGGCCUGGCUCACAGAAGCUGAGAUCACAGCUAAUGUCCUGCAGGAUGCUACACACAAAGAUCGCGUGUCAGAGGAUUCAAGGGGGCUUCGAGAACUCAUGAACCAAUGGCAGGAACUGCAAGGUGAAAUUGAUGGACAUACAGAAGUAUUUCAUUCCUUGGAUGAAAAUGGUCAAAAAAUGCUUAAAUCAUUGGAGGGAUCUGAGGAUGGAGUCCUGUUGCAGAGAAGACUUGACAACAUGAAUAUCAGAUGGAAAGAGCUCAGGAAAAAAUCUCUUAAUAUCAGGUCUCAUUUAGAAGCCAGCACAGAACACUGGAAGCGAUUUCACAUUUCUCUGCAAGAACUUCUGGCAUGGCUGCAACUGAAGAAUGAGGAGCUCAAGCAGCAGGCACCCGUCGGUGGGGAUGUUCCCAAAGUACAAAGUCAGAUCGAGAAACAUCGGGCAUUCAAGAGGGAAGUUAAAGAGAAAGAACCUGUUAUCAUGAGUGCACUUGAUACUGUGAAAAUAUUCUUAACAGAACAGCCUUUUGAGGGACUGGAGAAGAUGUAUCAGGAGCCUAGAGAGACACAUGCUGAGGAUCAAGCCAAGAAUGUUAGCAAGAUUCUUCACAAGCAAGUUGAUGAUGUUAAAACUGAGUGGGACCGGUUGAAUGUACGCUCUGCUGAAUGGCAGAAAAAAUUAGAUGAAGCACUUGAAAGGCUGCAAGAACUCCAAGAAGCAAUGGAUGAGCUGGACCAUAAACUGCAUCAAGCAGAGGCCAUGAAAGGGUCGUGGCAACCAGUAGGCGAUUUGUUGAUUGACUCUCUUCAGGAUCACAUAGGAAAAAUCAAGGCAUUUCGAGCAGAAAUAGCACCAAUAAAAAACAAUGUGAACCAAGUAAAUGAUCUUGCUCAUCAAUUUGCUGCCACAGAUAUUCAUUUGUCUCCAUACAAUUUCAGUUGUUUGGAAGAAUUAAACACAAGGUGGAAACUUUUGCAGGUGUCCAUUGAUGAGCGCAUCAGACAGUUGCAUGAAGCCCAUAGGGAUUUUGGUCCCACAUCCCAACAUUUUCUUUCUACAUCUGUCCAAAGUCCUUGGGAAAGGGCAAUCUCACCAAAUAAAGUACCAUACUACAUCAACCAUGAUACACAGACCACCUGCUGGGAUCACCCCAAAAUGACUGAGCUCUACCAAUCCUUAGCUGACCUGAACAAUGUAAGGUUCUCCGCUUAUAGAACUGCCAUGAAAUUAAGAAGACUGCAAAAGGCCUUAUGUUUGGAUUUGCUGGGUCUCUCUGCAGCAUGUGAUGCCUUGGACCAGCACAACCUCAAGCAGAACGACCAACUCAUGGACAUCCUGCAGAUUAUUAAUUGUUUAACAACGAUUUACGAUAGAUUGGAACAAGAGCACAACACCCUGGUGAACGUCCCCCUCUGUGUGGAUAUGUGCCUCAACUGGCUGCUGAAUGUUUAUGACACUGGUCGAACAGGAAGGAUCCGUGUACUGUCUUUUAAAACUGGAGUGAUUUCCCUGUGUAAAGCACAUUUGGAAGAUAAGUACAGAUAUCUAUUUAAGCAGGUAGCAAGUUCUACUGGGUUCUGUGACCAACGAAGGCUGGGCCUACUCCUCCAUGAUGCCAUUCAAAUCCCACGACAGUUGGGUGAAGUGGCCUCUUUUGGUGGCAGCAACAUAGAACCUAGUGUCCGAAGCUGCUUUCAAUAUGCUAACAAUAAACCAGAAAUUGAAGCAGCAUUGUUCUUGGAUUGGAUGAGAUUGGAACCACAGUCUAUGGUCUGGUUGCCAGUUCUUCAUAGAGUGGCAGCUGCUGAAACUGCCAAACAUCAAGCAAAGUGUAACAUCUGUAAGGAAUGCCCAAUUAUUGGAUUCAGGUAUCGAAGUUUAAAGCACUUUAACUAUGACAUCUGCCAAAGCUGCUUCUUUUCUGGUCGUGUUGCAAAAGGCCACAAAAUGCACUAUCCGAUGGUGGAAUAUUGCACUCCCACCACAUCUGGCGAAGAUGUUCGGGACUUUGCAAAGGUUCUGAAGAAUAAAUUUAGGACAAAAAGAUACUUUGCUAAACACCCAAGAAUGGGUUAUCUGCCUGUUCAAACAGUCUUAGAAGGGGACAACAUGGAAACUCCUGUUACUCUGAUCAACUUCUGGCCAGUAGAUUCUGCCCCGGCCUCAUCUCCCCAGCUUUCACACGAUGAUACACACUCACGAAUUGAACAUUAUGCUAGCAGGCUAGCAGAAAUGGAGAACAGCAAUGGAUCCUACCUAAAUGACAGCAUUUCUCCCAAUGAAAGCAUAGAUGAUGAACAUUUGCUCAUUCAGCACUACUGCCAAAGCUUGAACCAGGAAUCCCCCUUGAGCCAGCCCCGCAGCCCUGCCCAGAUACUUAUUUCUUUGGAGAGUGAAGAGCGAGGGGAGCUUGAAAGAAUUCUGGCUGAUUUGGAAGAAGAGAAUAGGAACUUGCAGUCAGAAUAUGAUAGACUAAAGGAGCAGCAUGAUCACAAAGGAUUAUCCCCUCUGCCUUCUCCUCCUGAAAUGAUGCCGGCCUCCCCGCAGAGUCCACGGGAUGCAGAACUCAUUGCCGAAGCCAAGCUACUGCGCCAGCACAAAGGACGCCUUGAAGCCAGGAUGCAGAUUUUGGAGGAUCACAACAAACAACUGGAGUCACAGCUGCAUCGACUAAGACAACUGUUGGAGCAGCCGCAAGCAGAGGCAAAGGUCAAUGGUACAACAUUUUCUUCUCCUACUCCCUCGCUGCAGAGAUCAGAGAGCAACCAGCCCAUGUUGCUUCGUGUAGUUGGCAGCCAAACGUCAGAAACUAUGGGUGAAGAUGACCUUCUCAGUCCUCAUCAUGACACAAGCACAGGUCUAGAAGAAGUCAUGGAGCAACUUAAUAGCUCUUUCCCAACAGCAAGAGGAAGAAAUAUCCCUGGAAAGCAAAUGAGAGAGGAAACCAUGUAGGCAGCCUUUUCCACAUGGCUGAUGACUUGGGAAGAGCUAUGGAAACUUUAGUAAUGGUUAUGACCGACGAUGAAGUGACAGAAU